CACCCCACUGCCCUUCUCCAAACGUAGCGUUCAAUGUGGGAUUGGGAUCUGGGUCUAGCUCUCUGCUUCAUUGUGACCAAUCUCCCCUCUAUCCCCGUGCUACCCCGUCCCACUGUCCUGGCUCUAUCCACAGGCUCCAGACCGGCCUCUCACUGUGAAUGGCAUGGACACAGCUGACCUUCGACCCUUUGACCUGGUCAUCCCUUUCACCAUCAGGAAAGGCGAGAUCACCGGGGAGGUCCGCAUGCCGUCCAAGUUAACGGCGAAACCCGACAUUGUGGACAAUAAGGAUGGCACCGUGACCGUCAAGUUUGCCCCGACCGAGAAAGGUCUGCACGAGAUGGACAUCAAAUGUGAUGGGAACCAUAUCCCAGGGUGUCCUCUGCAGUUUUACGUGGAUGUUGUGAACAGCGGACAUGUCAAUGCCUAUGGUCCAGGCCUUAUUCACGGAGUGGUCAAUAAGCCGGCCAUUUUCACUGUUGACACCAAAGAUGCUGGGGAGGGUGGCCUGGCCCUGGCGAUCGAAGGGCCCUCCAAGGCCGAUAUCAGCUGUACAGACAAUAAGGAUGGGACUUGCACCGUCUCCUACCUGCCCGUUCUUCCUGGAGACUACAACAUCCUGGUCAAGUACAACGACGAGCACAUUCCCGGGAGUCCCUUUGUCUCCAAGAUCACCGGAGACGACUCCAUGAGGAUGUCCCAGCUGAAGGUGGGCUCCUCAACGGACAUCCCCCUGGACAUCAGUGAGAAGGACCUCAGCCAGCUGGUCGCUACGGUGAUCGCUCCCUCUGGCCGCGAGGAGUCCUGCCUGCUGAAGAGGCUGCGUGGUGGGAAUAUUGGUAG